AGUCCAAUGUUAAAAUACGUUUGUGAUAGAUAACAGGCUGGCUAAAUGUGGGAAACAUUAUCAUGAUACGAAAUGUUGUGGUGGGCAUGUCGGGGGGCGUGGACAGUGCUGUCAGCGCCCAUCUGCUCAAGGAGCGCGGCUACAAUGUGCUCGGCGUGUUUAUGCGCAACUGGGACGAGCACGACGAAGCCGGCCGCUGCAGCGGAGAGCAGGAUUUAAAGGAUGCGGAACUGGCUUGCCGGCACCUGCAAAUCGAGCUGCGCCAAGUGAACUAUGUGAAGCAAUACUGGACAGCGGUGUUUAGCCAGUUUCUAGAUGACUAUCAGCAGGGCCUGACGCCCAAUCCGGAUAUAUUGUGUAACAAGCAUAUAAAGUUCGAUCUGUUCCAUCGGCACGCCCUGCAUACCUUGCAAUAUGAUGCCGUCGCCACUGGCCAUUAUGCCCGCAACAGUCUGGGAGACUUUUUGGAGCAUGGCUCCAGCCAGACCCCAGAAGAUGUACGCCUGCUCAUACCUGCCGACACAUUUAAGGAUCAGACCUUCUUUCUAUCUGGCAUAGCACAUGCAGCACUGCAGCGCACAAUGUUCCCGCUGGGUGGAUUGAAGAAGACAGAGGUUAAGCAGCUGGCGCGCCGCAUCGGCCUGCAUCGGUUGGCCGAAAAGCGGGAGAGCACCGGCAUCUGCUUUGUGGGCAAGCGCGACUUCAAGGCCUUUAUACAGGAGUACAUCAGCUCCAAACCGGGACACUUUGUGGAUGUCGAUAGCGGCGUCGUUGUGGGCACACACGAGGGCAUUCACCAGUGGACCGUGGGACAGCGCUGCCGGCUAAGCUCUCAUUUGCAGCCGUACUUUGUGGCACGAAAAGAUGCAGCCAGCAAUAUCAUUUACGUGGCCUCCGGCCACGAACAUCCCGCGCUGCUAAGCACCCGCAUUCACAUUGGCGAACUCAACUGGCUGUGCAACCGGGCACGUCAGCAAUUGGCCACAAAAGGCCGCCUGCGUUGCCGCUUUCGCUUUCAGCACACAAAGCCACUGGUCGAAUGCCAGCUGCGUCCCUUCGAAGUACAGCUGGAUGCACCACUGCGCGCCAUCACACCGGGGCAGUAUGCUGUCUUCUAUGACGAUGCGGCGUGCUUGGGUGCUGCGCGCAUUUUGCAUGGAGAACCAUUGCAAUGCCUGCAGCAACAAGUGGCCGUGGAGCGGUAGUAGUUAAGCACGGAGUUAUUUUGUUUUGUAGUCUCAUUUGAAAUAAGUCCUGUUCGCAAUGUACAUAUCUACAUAUCUGAAAAAAUUGAGAUGCAUAUAGAGCAA